GCUCUUCAGAUUUUGUACACAGCUCAGAGGUCAAACCAUCAUGGCGGCGUCCUGUACCUUGUCAUGAAGUCACGUUUUUUUUUGCUUUCAGAAGAGAUUUUUUAUUUUUGAAUGUGAGGCAGGUGUAAGUGUGUGAAUAAUGCCUCGUUACGAGUUGUCUGUGGUGCUGAAGGCCAUGCAGAGGCCGGAGACCGUGGCCGUGUUGAGGCGCACGGUGGAGACCUUGCUGGAGCGCGGUGCUGUGGUCAGAGAUGUGGAGAACCUCGGCCACAGAAGGCUCCCGUACAAGAUCAGCAAACACAGCCAGCGGCACACGCACGCGUCUUACUUCCUCAUCGACUUUCACGCCUCGCCGUCGAUUCUGACUCCUCUCCUGAACCACCUGGAGAGAGAUGUGGACGUGGUGCGGCAGACGGUGUUAAAGAAAGACACCGAGCUCCUGAAAGCCCCCUGCUGCGGUUCCUCACCUUCUCAGACAAACAGCAUGACUUCUCCAUGAACCUCAGGGUCUAUAAGGAAGAAGAUGCACUGCUGGGUUUUGCUGAAUUUCAACUAUGUUCUUGUGAGAGUUUAUUAUAAGAAAUGAAUAAAAUUUUUAAAAUAAUCUCUUUAAAACAUGUUUGUGUAUAAUUUGUCUGUCAGCACGUUUUUAAACUCAUUCCAGCACAAUAUAUACAUGCCCCUGACAAAUGAAUUGGAAAUUCUACACAAUAAAACUUAAAUGAUUUAAAGGAAUAAAAUAAAAGCCUUUAGGCCCAAUGAUAUAUGCAGCUAUUUAACUAUGCUUGUUGUCAUAAAAAGAUUCGAGGCACUGAGUUUAAUGCGAGUUUAGUGAAUGUUUACUGACCCCGGAACGCCAUCAACUGUAAUCACGGAUCUGAUUAAAUAAUAUAUGCAUGUGUUGGAACAGAUAAGUCUUCUGUGUGAUAAAAUAAAAGUGUUUGCUAUGA